AUGGAAAAAGGCCCAGGACCUCAGGACAUGGCACCACCCUAUCCAGGACCCCCUGGUAACUACGGAGGCAUGAAUGUGGCUCCUCAACCAGGCUUCCAAGCUCCCCCAUACCCUGCCCAGAGUGGAUAUCCAGCCCAGCCAGGAGUCCAGCCUGUUCCAGGUGUCUAUCCUGCUCCCUAUCAGGGAGCGGUACAAACCACAGUACUGGUCCAGCCCACUUCACUGGCUGAUGUGGGAGGUCAGGCCGUUUGCCCCCACUGCCAGCAGCAGGUCAUCAGUGUGACUGAGCCCGAGCCUGGCCUACUCACCUGGCUCAUUUGUGGGGGACUUGGCAUCAUUGGGUGCUGGCCCUGCUGUCUGAUUCCUUUCUGUGUAGAUUCAUGCAAAGAUGUGCACCACCGCUGUCCCAACUGCCAAAACCUUCUUUACAUUUACAAACGUCUCUAAGCUGCUACAGCUAACUCUUGUCCACUCAGGGAAUCCCUGUGUCAAAGGGACUUCACAAAACAUCUUGCCAAUAUUUCAGAUUU